CAGGAGGGCAGGCCCCAGCACUCGGGGCCUUACCGGAGCCUCAGCGAGCGGGGAUACUCGUCGACGUACUCCUCGCAGUACGGCUCCUAUUCCGGAUACAGCAACAUACUUCCUCCCGGCGAUCAGUACCAGUAUCAGCAGACCAGCAAUUAUUAUCAGCUGAAGGGCGGUUAUUACUCGCCGCAGAGCACCGGGCCCCCUUUCCCAGGCGUACAAAGGUACGGCAGCCUGGUCGAGGAGGCCUGGCCCUGCUCCACCAAGGACGACCCUGCCGGCAACCCGAAGACCAAUCCUAGGACCUAUCUGGCCUAGGCCGAGUCGCUGGGUCGGGGAUGAGACAGCGAUCUUCCUUGAACCGUGUCGACAGGGACCAGAGAAUCGUGGGAAUUUUUUAAUUGGUCUGCGCAUUUUUUAUCGGCGAGUUUUGGAUUAUUUUGGAAUUAUCGAAUUCGGAUGUUAUUGGACGGUGACGUCUUGUCAUUAUUAUUAUUAUUAUUA